GUUUCUACUUAACUUUUCUAAUGGCAACAUCUAUUGUCUGUUGCAUACAUCCAAUACUAUUUUAAUAUUUAAAAAUGGAAAAUUUCAAAAAUAAAAAAUCUAUCACCACCAAAAGCUAUUUGAAACCACAAAAUCCUGUACAAAUUGUUUUGUCAUUAUUUAUAUUCAUUUUACUUUUGUUACCAAAUUAUAUAUGGGCUGGUAUUAAAUGUUUGAUGAAAACAAGAAAAGAUGUUCGUGGACAAGUCGUUUUGAUAACUGGUUCUGCUAGAGGCCUUGGUCGAGAACUUUGUUUGGCUUUUCAUCAACUCGGUGCAUCAAUCGUAUGCGUAGACAUUGACGAAGAAGGCAACGAAAUAACAGCCGAAAUGAUCCGUGGACAGGGUGGUACAGUAAGAGCUUUCACUUUGGAUAUUACCGAUAGAGAAAAAAUCGUAUCGAUGCACGAAGCGGUGAAAAGGGAAUUGGGCCCUGUAGAUAUAUUGGUGAACAACGCAGCUGUAGUAAAGACAAAUAUUUACGUUAAUUCCGAAACUGACGAACUAGUCCGAAAAAUAAUUGACGUCAACAUACUGGGACAGUUUUGGAUGAAUAAAGAAAUACUCCCAUCGAUGUUGAACAGAAAUAAAGGACACAUUGUAUCAAUUUCAUCAUUAAUAUCAAUGAUAGGAACUCAUUCGCUGUCCGCUUAUACUGCUUCGAAGUGGGGCGUUACGGGUAUGAUGGAAGCUUUAGACCAAGAACUAAAUAUGCUAAAUUCAAAGGUUGUUUUAACUACUGUGUGUCCAUACUUCAUGGAUUCAAAUGAAGACAUCACAACGAAUAUUAGUAUCAGCUUUCCAGUUAUUCCUCUUAACGUAAUAUGUAAUAGUACAGUGGAUGGCAUAUUGAAAAACAAAAAAAUGUUUACAAUACCUGGAUUUUUGUUUCUAGCAAUGAUGUUUUACAAAAUAUUACCGAGCAAAUUACAAUAUCAGAUGCAAAAACUAUUAGGAGCUUCGUAUAACUAUUGUAAAAGUGACUACGAUACAUUGAAGAAAUAUCAGAGAGGAACUACGUCUUUGUGAUAUUUAAAUCAUUGUAAUAUUUUAAUAUAAAUAUAUUAUUAUAGUAAUAAUAAUUAUAAUAGAUAUUAUAGCAUUGAAUUUAAUAGCAAGCACUUUUUUUUUUUUUUAUUGAUACUAUGUACAUUUUGAAAGUUGAUUGUAAUAUUAGAUCAUAACAAGUACCCUAUGUUUUUUUUAAAUGUUUAAAAUGUAACAGUUAACAUUUUUUUACUACAUUAUAAUAGUAUUAAUAUGUCAGAGAUAAUAUUUUAUGGAGUUCGUUUUGGAAGUAAUUGUAAAAUGUUUGACUUUAAAAUGUAGUAUUUACAACUUAAAUAAAUUAAAUUGGUAUUUUGCA